AUGGAGGUCGGAUCAAUUUUCUUCGAUAUGGAUCACUGCAGUUUGAAAAGGAGCAAGCCAGAUGCACCCAUGCGGUUCGAAAAUCGUUGGCAAAAUUUGGGAAAUAUGCAAAGAAAUAUGGGAAGCAUUAAUAUUAAUACAUUAACAACCGAUAGUGGACAUAUUGCAGCCGCAUGUAGAACGUCGUGUGGAAACGGAGAUGCGGGUGAAGAUGGCGAUGAAGAUAAUAAUAAUAAUAAUAAUAAUAAUAAUAAUAACAACAACAACAACAACAACAAUAAUAAUAAUAAUGUGGAUGAAGAUGAUGAGAAGAAUGAUGUUUGUGGCGAGAGUAAGGAUGAACAGAUGUGCGGAUGA